GUGAAAGAAAGAAGAAUGCAGGGAGGAAAUAAAUAUGACAGCAGGAAAGUAAUGCUCUGAUCUGCCUGGAGACAGCUGUGUGUGGGACUGUGGUUGGUUCAAACAGGUGUCUGUUCAGUAUAGAAAGUGAAACUAAAGUUGCUGAGUGAAAGAGCAGGAAAUGGACUGAUCAGCCAGGCCAGACUCGUGAUCACAGACAUGUUUGUCCUCCAGCUCGUGUUUGUGCCUCUGUUCUUUCAUCAGGUGAUGAGUUCAGGCUCAGGACGACAUUCGCUGUGGGCCCUGGCCAACUACAUCUCAGGGACAACCCCAUUUCCAGAGUUCUCUGUGGUCCUGAUGUUGGACGACAUCCAGGUGGGAUACUUUGACUCGGAGAUCGACCGGAUAACAAGGACUGGCGGUGGAGGUGAGGUGGACCUGGGCCAGGAGGCCGUGUUUGUGCUGCGGGACAUUUUCUCCAGCAUGAAGAAAAGGCUGACGCUGGUCAAACACCGCUUCAAUCUGACAACGGGAGUCCACAUCCAGCAGAGGAUGACAGGCUGUGAGGUACUGGAGGACGGACAGCCGGCGCUCAUCAUGUUCAGGGAUGGCUCCAAUGGGCAGGACGCUGACAGCCUGUUGUACAACAUGACGCAUUUUACCUAUGCUAGUGGGGACAGCUGGGAGAUCCAGUGGGACACCAUGAAGAAGACAUACUUCCAGAUGCUCUACUCCAACAUCUACCUGCCUUUCUGUGUCCGGACGCUCCAGCAGUUCUUCGAACGCGAGAAACACCUGGUCACACGUCGGGUCCGUCCUAGAGUACGCUUCAUAACGAAGCAGGUGGUGGGCGGGGCUCUGGUCACUUGUCUGGCCACAGACUUCUAUCCUCGCCACAUCAACCUGACACUACUGCGGGACGGCCAGCCUGUGGACGAGGGCGAGCUGUCCGGUGGAUUGGUGCUGCCCAAUGGUAAUGGCCUCUACCAGGUGAGGAAAACCCUGAUGGUAGAUGAUGAGGAGCUGCGGAGGAAACACAACUACACCUGUACCACCUCUCACCUAAGCAUGGACAACCGUCUGGAGGUGAGCUGGAGGGCCGAGUUCUCCCGCUCACACAGGAUUCACAUCAUCUCUGCUCCUGCUGGUCUGUUGAUGGCUGUUAUGCUGCUGCUACUGCUGCUGUGGUGGAGGAGGAGGUACAAAGGGGGGACGGAGGCUGUCACCACAGAAACACAGGAAAGUCUGAGCUCUGAAGAAUAAAAUUAUCACUGUCCUGCCCCUUGUGGUCGAGACAUAAUGGGGCUGUCUGGGGGGAGCUCUCUGGAGUGGGCAGCAUGGGGAGGGAGAGCUGGGUCCCUAAUCAACAGGGUCUGGAGCAGUUUGGUAAGGAAUCAGGAUCUGCUGUUUCACAGCUGGAUAA